UUGACAUUCUUCAUUUACUGAAAAUUCUAACCUCAAAAAAGCAGCAAAUUAAUUGAAAACAGUUCAAUAAAAUGUCCAAUAACCACUUAUUCCUGAAGUCAGGAUUUGUCAGGGCUCCGCUACAAAACGGGGUUGGCCGAUAUGUAUGUCAACUGCAGAGAAUCGUGCUCAAAUUCUGUAAAACUCACGGAUCCUGCAGAGGCUUGAGGGAUUUUAUCGAACAAGAUUUAGUCGACUUUGCCAAACAAAACCCAGGUGUAGUUGUGUAUCUGAAGCCUAGAAGACACCGUGGCCCUGUGGCCGUGGCCGAAUAUUUGAACGGAGACCGAGUAUGGAUGAACUUAGCCAACAAAACUCAUUCCGAAAUUACAAAAUGGAUCGAAGUACUCCGUACCCAACAAGGCGAUAUCGCUUCCACCAGACUUCGGAAAUACCAGUACACCGACCAUCCUUCCAUACAAGGUCCCUGGACUCCCUUCACGUUUAAAAACCCAGAGCUCAACACCGCAGUAUUACCAGACCCUAAGUACGGUGCAAAUGACAGAUUACCGCUGUCCGCCACCGAACAGUUGAGGCUUAUGUUUGAGCAGCAGAAGCUGAAUGAGGGUGACGUCAAAACUGCUGAAUGACAUAAAGCUAUUUUUAUGAGGCAGAUUUUUGGUGGGAAAUGACUCAAGUAGGUAGUUACACCAUAAGUCCUCAACCAGCCAAUGGUAAUAUAUUAACAUUACUUUGAACAUUAUUUUAUUAUUACCUUGAAUUAGGCCCAAAAAUAAUGAAAAAUGUGAACUUUCUUGUCUGAUUAAGGUUUUAAUAACAAUUCUAUUUGGCUAGAAUGUUACUAGAUAUUCCCAAUAUGCAUUUCAUGCCUUUGAUUUACAGUUGAAAGCAAAUCAAAUAUUAAAUUUUAUUGCAAAUAGCACCUAUAUUACCACUGUAUAAGAUGUAUGUAAGCUUGACUUUGUUGUUCGUACAGAAAAACUUGGCCAGUUUUUUCUUAA